AUGGUACGCAUCUCUUGUAACGACGACUACGACAGCAAGGACUAUUUUCGUUUUACCUUCUCGGCUCGCCCUUCAAUCAAAUUCUGCUUCGACCGCCCAAAAGCAGUCUCGAUCCCUUGUAAUCGUCCGUUCAAGCGUCGACGAGCGCUGUCUGAUGUUGAUGGAGAUGGAAAUGGAAAUGAAGGCCGGAAAAAGAGACGGCUCCGGCUGCAUCUCAUCACUUCUCGUCUUAGCCGGCCAUAUUCCCAGCCCGCUACCAACAUUGUCAACCGUAGUGGCUCCAAGGUUGUGGUGUUAGGUACACAAAACAAAGCUCUGGGUAGGAGCGAAUUGAGGAAAGCAGCUAUCAUGAAUCGAGUUCGGAUGCGGAUAGACGAGGCGAAGGACUUCAUACGCCUUGAGCAUGAGAGAGGACGGGCCAGGCUGUCGAUGCGAGAGAUUGUGCUCCAUAAACCUAGGACGCAUGAGCCGCCCUUACCACCGUCUCCUCUUGGCCUCUCAAACUACGAUGCUUUUGACAUGGAGGACGAUGUGAAUACCGACGAAGACUGCCAUGAAGAUGGAACCGACCGAGUGUCGAGUAUCUAUUCCGACUUCAACAUCAUGAAUCCUAUCACGAGUGAUGGAGACGAUUAUGACUAUCUUGACGCGAUAGAUGGUAUCGAAACCCAGGCCUUGCCAGAUUCUCCGCCUCAGCCACCAGAAGAAACUAUUGUAGGAAUGCUAAGAGAAGAGAAACUGCAGGAAGGUUAUUUUGUGCAGGUAAAAAGCUAA